UGGCGCUCGCAGCGGCGGGCAGUCAGUUACAAACAAUCGGAUAAUACGAUACAAACUAAUAAGCCGGCAAAAGUGUGAGAAAAUGUCAGAUAGAAAAAAUCAUAAGCCAAAAAAGUUACGUAAACGGAGUCAGGAUAAUUCCAGCAGCAACAGCUCCGAAAGUACUUCUUCUGCGUCUUCGGACGACGAAAGCAAUGCACAGAACUUGAAGCCAAUCAAGGAUUAUUUGGUGGAUCGUAGAGAACUUGCUCGUCAAUUAUUCAUUGCCGUCAAGGGGGAUAAGCUGCGCAUGAUGCUCCCACAAGUCUUGAAAAAAAUGGAACAGAACGAGCUCGAAGAAUGGUGUGCAAAUGAGCUGAGCGGUAUGUCCAAAGCACGUAUCUUGUCUAUACUAAACGGACAGCCCUUGCUCCAAUCAUCGGAUUCUGACGACACCGAUGAUUCUGGUCCUUCUUUGGAAAUAAUAUCCGACACCGAGGAAUGGGGAGAUGCGUCAGAUUUAGAUGCGGUGCCUAGAGAAGAGGUGCAAGCACCAAAGAAGGGACUUGGGUCCAAAAAAGACAAGCCAAAGUCAAAACUCUGGUCAGAAAAAACGAGUAAAGAGAAAGCUAAACCCAGGGACAUGCAGAAAUAUAGAGUGAAAAUGGAAAGCGACUCCAAGACGCAUAGAUCCGGGGCGGAAGUAAUCGUAAAGAAAGAAGCUGAAUCCGAACAGUCCAAGGAAAAAGACGGGGAGAGUUUGCUUGAUCUUUUAGAGCUGGAAAUGAGAGCUCGAGCCAUCAGAGCGUUGAUACGCAAAGAGGAGGACAUAAUCCCGACCAAUUCUACCACUGUUAUGACUGCCCAGAGUAACGUUUCAAACUCAGGUUCAAGCUCAGCUGUGAAUUCGAAAGCAAGAACCAGGGACCGGAAUCUGAGUCUGAAGGUAGUAGAGGACAAGCUGCAGGAACUGGACACCAUCAUGUCCGGACAAACGAAUCAGGAAAUACCCGUUGAAGAAGAUGUUGUGCUUGUUCUUCAGCCGACUACUACCAUCGAAUUACUGUCCAGCGAAAGUGACGGCGAAGGCGGUCAAGGAAAGCGCAGAAAUCAGAGACUGGAAAACGAACGUGUACCGAAGAACGGCGUUGCGAGUUCUCAGGAGAACAGCGGUGGUGUGGGGAGCAGAAAACUAAGCGAAAGCCAGGAUUCUGUUGCAAGAGAGAAGAGCAAGGCAUCGACCGAGCAAAAUUCCAGCCCUGUUGCUGCAACAGUAGAAAUUAUGGGAAAAGCGAACGUCGGGAAUGCGGAGAUAUCGGCAGAAACGCCCGUGAAAAAAGUGAGCACAGAGUUGGAAACUUCCAGGAAGUUUAAAAGAAAGACGAAGGACAAUUCGACGACGAUUGAGAAAAGUAAUCCCGUGUCGGAGACGCAAUCGUCAGGUAAAAAUGACGGUAACCUCGCUUCCGGGGUUAAGGAAGAGGCCCCGAAAGACGCGAAGGUGCCGGAAAGUUCGAGGCCUGAAAUUCAGCACAAACGGAUGGAAGAGAAGACGGAAAUUCCGUUGGCCGAGAAGACUGAACGAAAACCGGAAGCCGUGAAUCCGCGCGAGAUCGACGAGGACAAGUCGACCGAUUUAGAGAUAGUGAUAGACCUCGACGACUAUCCUGACGACAUGGAGGAGCCGGAGCCCGGCGAAAUUCGGAAUCCCGUGCAAGUCGAGGAAAAGAGACCCGAGUCUUCGAAGGAUGAAGCGAAAAGUGACUCCAACGCCGCGGAAACUUGGGCGACGCGUUAUUACCAAACUGAGGACGUCCAAAGCGUGAUAAAGGAGUCAAAGAUCCAGUCCGAGAUCAGAAAGAGGCUCAGAGAAAGGCAGCGACGCGCUAGGCUGAACAAUUCCCCGGGUUUGAACACUGCGCAAAAUAUGCCAAACGCCCAUGUCGUAGAGAAAAGCGGCCCUGAAAAGAGCGAGAGUCCGACUACCGGGUCUGUCGAAGAAUAUCUCGCCCUAAGAAACGUCGAAACGGUGGCUCCUCGCGCAGAGUCCGCGAAGAGCAACGAGGUUGACAAAUCUGUGGAAUAUCAAAUUUCCGACGGUCAAACUGACGCUGAGAGUAUUAUUUUAACGACGGCUGAGUCUUCGGCUACAGGUCAUGUUGAGAGGAAAUUAGAUGGCAAAACUGAAGUUAGCGAGGACCAUUGACAGUGUAGAUUUAUAUCGUUCGUGACGUGUUUGAAGUUUCGAUCGAUCGAACUUGAUCGAAAAGUCUUCCAAUGGCAAACGAAACUGUGGAUCAGUGCAAUACUUGGACGUAGUUUCCCCAUUUUCGACACCGAAAUUUGAAUUCUUGAUUCAGCUUGAUCGAUCGGAACUUCGUGUACAAUAUUCACGUAUUAACUUAUAAUUUAUUCCACUGUACAAAAUUUUGUAUCUAACAAUGUUGUUGUGUUCAACUUUCGUGUUAUAGUGAUCUUUUUAUUACAAUGUUUCGAAUUGUUGAAUUCAAUCGGAAUUGAAGUCGGGAAAAAUUCCUAUAGCAAGCUGAACGGAAUAAUGUUUAGCAAUGCAUCCACUAUUUUUCUCACACCUCCGAAAUUCCUUCUCAACAACCAUAAGAUAUUGUAUCUAAAAAUUCCCUCAUUCCAGCAACAGCUUUCGGAUACUCGUUCUAGUUCGUAAAAAAUGUUAUCGACAUCUUGCCCGUCGAUAAUUCGAGUGAUUUUUUUUUUUUUAUCAGAUAAAUUACUGAGACUAAAUUCCGAAAACUCAAAUAUGAGGAAUCGUCGUUUGAAUUAGUACUGACAAUGAUUGUAAACUACGUUAAUCUACCUGUUAAAACGAUGAUCAAAAUUUCAGUUUUGAAAUUCGAACCGUGGCGAUGGAGUUGUUUUGAUUGUUGUAAUUAGUUUCCCGGUAUUCCUGUAAUGAUUAACGAGCCGAAUUUCUCUGAACCUGAGGUUUCGCGAAUUCCAUCUACCUGUGUGAUUCGUGGUUUGUACGUGUGCGUGUAUACACAAGUUACAAGACACGCGUGGUAUGAGCGGUGUAUAGUAUCUACCGAACUGUAAUUAAUUCGUGUGAUAAUUACAGCGGAACUUCGAAGUUGGCAUACAUAUAUGUAUAUGUAUAUACGGACGUAUUGUACCUACUCUCCCGAUUGUUUAUCUGAUAAUUAUACACAAAUAUUCAUUAAUAACAAGCCUGAGUGUGCGUAUAUACGUAGAAUAUGCCUCACGCGUAAUCAUCCGUAUAAUUGAUUACCAAGCUGCACCUUCAGAAAGGGCUUCAUAGUAUUCCUACAGCUAUGAAAUCCUUAGAGACAUUAGUUAUAUAGUCGUAAUAAAGAUGUAAAAAAAAUUUUUUUCAAAUGAGGGGUGAAAUGAACGAUUGGAGGGAAUGGGAAUUAGUUUGAAAAUUCGAUUGAAACUGUCUAAUACCCGUCUUAUCGUAGGUAUUUUUGUAAUCAUUCCAACAGAGUAGCGGUUUGACUUUCUUCUCUUCUGCACACAUGAAAUAUUAUUGUCGAACUCGACUUUCUAAUAGAGAUUAUUGCCUGCAGUUCAACUCGAGACGAAGAUAAAGCCGCAUAACGUGUCCUUUUGGAUGAUGCGUAUCGCGUAACGCUUCGUAAUAACACACUCGAAUGUGGUAACUGGCAUUAUAAGUGCCACGGUGAAAUAUUAUUUACUGCAAUAUGCAUUUAUACAUAAGCAAGUCUGUUGCGUAAAAGUUUCUUUCGCUUCUCUUUGCGGGAAUAAUGUUACGUGUUCAGGUGCAGGAAAUUACCAAUGAAAUUAGUUGAGUUACUAUUAGAAGCAGCGCAGAAAGUGCGUAAAUGUAAGCCUGAUGAUAAUGUGUUUUUCAUUCAUAAUAUUAACUCGCAUGUGUAAAGAAAUACCGAACUUGACUUAAUUUUUAAACGAAUUUUAUGUUAAUUUAAUGAAAUCUCGUGAAAAAUUUCGGUUACAAGACGAAAACUCGUUCUUAUAUUUUCUCGCAUAUUUUUAUUUAAUAUUACAGA